UUCUCGCUCGCCCUUUGCCGCGGCUCGACACAAUCGCGACGACUGCGACACACACAGAAACUUUUCUGGACAACGCACACACAUCUCUCCAAGAGGUUCCACAAGAGGAAGAGGAGGAGGAACGAGGGAGGAAGAAUUUGGCCUUCAAACCGCUGGUAUGAGGACGGGGCCGCUACUGGCGGCCGUAUGGCUGCUCCUGGUCUUCGCCGUCACGCCCGGACAAAACGGACGGGACGUGCGACGGACCAAGAGGAAACGAGACGGACACGGUCAGGCUCGAGUCAGAUCGGGGCACGCUAAACCCCUUCGGAGCCGCCAAGUUCCCCGCAGUCCACGCGUUCCGGCGGAGCCUGUCCGAGGGAACGUGGUCUUGCUGGAGUCCUACAGGGACGGACCGGAGCGACACUCCAGCUACAACGUUCUACCGGGUAGACAGGGCCAGUGCGUGUUCCAGGGCAUGACCAUGUUCAACCAGGCCGUGUGGGCUCCCACGCCGUGUGUCACGUGUCUAUGCACGGGGGGGCGGGUGGUCUGCGACGAGCUAGCCUGUCCCGCCACGCCCUGCCGCCUCCCGAUCGUGCCCGCCGCCGGCGGGGAGUGCUGCCCCGUCUGCACGGACUCAGAUCCCGACCUCAGUCUUGAACUUUCUGGUGACUCCCCAGCACCCCGUAACCGUGACAACCACGACUCCAUCGCAUCCACCCCCCAACUCACCCACGAGGAAAUCCAGCGCAUCCUGUGGAGGGAGGAAGAGGAGCGCCUGGAGGAAGAUGAGCAAUUAAGAAAGCGAGAGGAGGCGAAGAAGAGGAAGAGGAAGGAGAGGAAGGAGCAGGAGGAGAGGCAGAGGAGGAUAGCAGAGGAGGCGAGGAGGAGGGAGGAGGAAGAAGAGGAGGAGAGGAGGAAGACAGAGGAAGAGGAGAGCAGGAGGAAGGAGGAGAAAGAAGCACGGGAGCGAGAGGAAAAGCUGAGAGAGGAAAUCCUGCGAGAGCAGGAAGAGGAGGAGGUGUGGUUAAGAGGAGAUGUCUUCCAAAUGGUCCCAAAAGAAGAAGAAGAACCCGAGGAACCGGAUCUGCUCCCUGCUCCCAUCCCAAGACCUCCCGCCGCCGCAGAGGAUGAGCUGAAGGAAGAGGAGGAUGAAGAGGAGGAGGAAGAGAAGGAGGUGGCGGUGAACGCGGGAGGUCUUCCUCCCGGCUGCGACAUCUCCGACGUCACGCUGACGUGCGACAACGCCAAACUGACGUACUUCCCACCUCUCCUCAUGCCGCAGCUCAAGUCCCUCAGCCUGGAGGGCAACAACAUCAGCAGCAUCCCGGCGGAGGCUUUCAACGGCAUUCCCAAUCUGGAAUGGAUCAACUUGAAGAAGAACAAACUCACGUCUGCAGGGAUUGAUCAAAGAGCCUUUCAAAGUCUGAAGAUGCUGAAGCGUCUGUAUUUGGACGGGAACCUUCUAGAAGUGGCUCCCGCCAACCUCCCGCCGAGCCUGCAAGAGCUCAAAAUCAAUGAAAAUCGACUGCAGAGGAUCCAAGGAAACACUUUCCAAGGUCUGAGCAGUUUGGCGAUUCUGGAGCUGGAGGCCAACCUUCUGAGCGAGGCCAACAUGGACCCCAAGGCCUUUGCGUCCCUGGCCCAGCUGUCCUACCUGCGACUGGGACAAAACCACUUCCGAUCCAUCCCCCAGGGCCUCCCCCCGUUACUCCUGGAGUUGUACCUGGAGAACAACCUCAUCGAAGAAAUCCCAGCAGGAGUCUUCAACAACAGCAAAAACCUCAACGUGCUGUCCCUCGGCCACAACAGGCUGGAGGAGACCAGAAUUGCCCCUCUGGCCUGGAUCCACCACAGGAGUCUGGAGUCCAUGGACCUUUCCUACAACAAACUGUACCUGGUGCCGUCCUACCUGCCAACGUCGCUCGUUCACCUCGUGCUGGUGGGGAAUCACAUUGAGAGAAUACCCGGCUUCGUGUUCGCCCACAUGGAUCCCGGUCUGGAGUACCUGUACCUGUCCUACAACAAGCUGGACGGGGAGGCCAUCGAGCCCGAGUCCUUCUUCGGGUCCUACCACUCCAUGGUGGAGCUUUGUCUGGACCACAACCAGCUGCUCAGCGUGCCGUCGGGCAUCAACGAGAUGACCAACUUGCACUUCCUCAGACUCAACAACAACAACAUCAGGAGCAUCCCCGACGAGUGCAUCUGCGAUCCGGAGUGCAACGGAGACUCCACGUUGGUGGCCGUGAGGCUGGAGAACAACCUGAUCGACCCGCUCAAGGUUUCCCCCUCGGCCUUUUCCUGCGUGCGGUCCUCGUCUAGCGUGGUCUUAAAACCCCAGAAAAUCAAAUGAGCCAAGCGACGGAUCGAAACGCCUUUGCGACUUUUCAACGCAAACAAAUUUGUAUUUCAACUAGCAACCAUAUUGACUUUGAAACAUUCACUUGAAAUGUGGGAUUUCCAAUAAUAUGAUGUCACGAUCGAUGACCGUAGCUCCUUUCACACUGCUCGUCAAAGCCUGCUCUACCCCCGUGUCGCCGGUCUUUGCGAAACGUACGGACACUAAGCGGGGGUGGGGAAAACCAGGCCUGUUUCUACGUUUCGGAGGAAAUAUGAGAGGCGUAGCAGAAGCAGAACGGUGACUGUGUGAAAGCUGGGGUGGGGGAUGUGGAGUUUUAACACCCCGUUGUCACCAUCAGACCAGUACUACUUUGUCGCUGUCCCGCUUGACUUGGUUCUAGCAUCUUUCACGCAGAACCCAGCGAAGCAGGAGACCGCGUGAAAGAGAAUAAUAUGUUUAGACUCGACCAAACGAACCGCACCAAGGGGUUUAUCAAAGUUGUCCUCUAUUAAAAUGUACUAUAGGGUUGCAUUGUGAAAACACCCAGAGCCAGUGGGCUUUUCACCCACAACACAGCGAAGCAACACACCGGCGCAGGACUGUAUGCGGCAACGCUUUUUGCGUAAACUACGUGAAAGAGGAUAGUGUUUACACCUGACCAAACAAAUUGCACCAAAGGGCAAAUCGAAGUUCGAUUUAAACGGACUACAGGGAACUAGUCUGUGUGAAAGCAACCCAGGUCAGCAGCCUAUUUCACACAGAACCCAGCAAAGCGGUAUCCUGGUACAGGACUGUUGGACUCCAAUUUCUGCGAAACCUUUUAUGAAAGGAGCUACCAUACAACACAAAUGCUGACCGCAAUUUCCGCACAGACCUUGUGUGAAAUCAGCAAAUGUUAACGCCCAAACAAAACAUACGACACAAAGGUGGAAAUCGAAAUUCGAUUCAAACAGAUGACUGAGUGGUAGUGUGAAAGCAUCCCCAGUCUGUAGCCCCUUUGACUAUGUGCGGCUCCAUUUUUUUCAUAAACUGCGUAAAAUAAUUUUUACAUCGGACCAAACAAACUGCACCAAAGGGGAAGCCAAGGUUGGAUUGGUUGGGUUCUGCGUGAAACAUAAAUGCUGGAUCCAAUUUUUGGCAAACAAAAGUUUACGCCAGACCAAACAAACGACACCAAGGGAGAAACUGUAGUCCUAGUCCAACACUGGUGCAGGACUGUGUGAGGCUCCAAUUUUUGCAUAAACUGCGAGAAAGAUGCUACCACCGAAACAAAAUAACUGCACCAAGGGGAAACCAAAGUUGGAUUGGUUGCUUUCUGUGUAAAACACAAAUGUUCUUGUCUAACCUCCGUGUCAAAUGGGCAAAAGUUCAGAGCCGACCAAAUGAACAGCAGCAAAGCAGAAUCCCAAAUCUGACUCAAAUGGACUCAAGUGGGGUAGGGUGAAAGCAACCCAGGUCAGUCGCCCCUUUCACACAGACGCCAGGAACCUGUUCUGUUUUUCCCCGUUUUCACACAGCUACCGUCCCGCCUCGAUAAUUCCUCCAGAGCCGUUUGACUUGCACCUCAGCAUUGCGUGACGGUGCCAUUCACACGGAACGGCGACACACGAGGGGGGGGGGGGAAACACCGUGAUGGGGUCUCGGUACUGCUGCUGAGCGGUGAGCACGUUUGCAGUGGACUUUCUUGUACAAUGCCGACAGUUUGAAGUCUGA